CUAGCCGCCGCACGAGGGAAGAGAUGAGGGACAGCACGUUGCUCCCAGACGUCUCCGCCGCCGGCCUCUCUACACUCCGCUCCACAGUCCCCACCUCCUCUGGUCCUCCCGUAUGGCCGCUCCUCCGCGACGACACCAACCGUCCAGAAGCGGAGUCGCCGCCUCGACCCGGGGUCCCCCCGUCCCCGUCGUGCUCGGCGCCACGCCCAUCCCGAGGCACCACCCGCUCGUUGUCGGCUCGCCCGAGCCUGCCAAGAAGUCCGCCGUGCCGCGGAGGGGCUCCUGGGCCGAGAAGCAUAGCGGCGCCGGCUAUGCCGGGGUGAUUGCAUCACCCAAGGUUGUCAGGCCCAUCGCGCUCAACUUCGAGGAGAGGACGCCCGUCAAGGAGCGGCCCUCGCCAGCGCAGAGCUCGGCGUCGAGGAGAGGUCCAUCGCCGCUGAUGAAUAUCGCGAGCGAGCGAGCCAGCGGCCGUGCGUGCAUCGGGAAUUCGGGACACGCAGCAAGGAGGAUGAUCUACUACCCUACGGAAGGGAAGGAAGAGGCCGCCGGCGAGCGAGGCACGGCCACGGCGUUGGACUCACCGGGGACGUCUGCUCCUCCCGAGCUCUCCUUUUUGUCCAUUUUUGUUCACUACUACCUGAAGGAAACUGUACUGGAUAGCAGCAGUAGAAACUGUACUAUGGAAGGGAGGGUGAGCGAUUCUGGGAAAUUCCAUGUGGCCUUGAAAGGCCGGAAUGACAUACUGAUUGUAGUGCAAUGAGCGGGCAUUAUUUAGGCCAAGUGUUUAAUAUUCAAUAUUUUAUCUUUCCACAUCACGCGAAUGAGCUCGCGCAAAGCCGAGUAGCGAAUCCUGAGAGUGAGGUCAAAUGCUGGAUGCAUAUGGGUUUUGUCAACGACAAUGGCCAAAAGGCGGCAAAAGUAGACAAAAACUUCUUCACUAUCAAAGAUGUAAGGGGGGUGAAUCUCUUAUUUUUUGUUGGCAUACUUGCAGUUAAACUAUAUAUCAUUUUUUUGUAGUCGAACUUGGUCAUCUUAUUGUUGUCGCUGUAGAUUAUUGUUCUGUACCAUCCCAUGGCUGUAAGGCUAAUCC